CGAGCUCCCGAUUCACCCAUUCAAGUGCCUUCAUCAAUCUCUCUGCAGUUUCUGGAUCCAGGUUUUGUGUUUUCGCUUCCACAAAUGGCCGGAGCAGUUACCGAAGAUGCGAUUUCCGCUAUUUUUGCAAAUCCAUGCCCCGGCUCUUCUUCUGGUCUGCCGGAUAUCGUCGUGCAAGUCCUCGAUCUCAAGCUCGCCGGCUCCAAAUACAUGUUCGUGGCUAACGACGGGAAGAUGAAGGUGAAGGCUCUGUUGCAAUCUGCCUUGUCAUCUGAAGUGAUCUCCGGCGCCAUUCAGAAUUUGGGGCUCAUUCGUAUUCUCGAUUAUACUCUCAACGAUAUACCAACGAAGAAUGAGAAGUUCCUGAUUGUGUCAAAGUGUGAGGCUGUGUGUCCGCCAUUGGAGGCAGAGUACAAAGCUGAGGUGAAACCUGAGGAAAUUAGGGAUGAAUUGAAGCCAAAGCAGGAAAUCGAUAUUGAUGGAGAUUUAAAGAGCGUUCCAGCGAUUGUGCUGAAGCCAAAGCAAGAGUUUGUUGCCAAAUCUGCUGCACAAAUAGUUCAUGAGCAACAAAGAAAUUUGGCUCCUGCUGCUCGAAUGGCAAUGACUCGGAGGAUUCAGCCACUGGUUUCUUUAAACCCUUACCUUGGAAACUGGACGAUAAAGGUUCGGGUGACAGGGAAAGGUAAUAUGAGGACUUACAGGAAUGCUAGAGGUGAAGGCUGUGUGUUCAAUGUAGAGUUGACGGACGAAGAAGGCACACAAAUUCAGGCUACAAUGUUCAACGAGGCUGCGAGGAAAUUCUUUGACAAGUUUCAGACUGGAAAGGUCUAUUACAUAUCGAAGGGGACUCUGAAAGUGGCGAACAAGCAGUUUAAAACGGUGCAGAAUGACUACGAAAUGACGUUAAAUGAGAAUUCUGAAGUUGAGGAAGCCAGCAAUGAGGCGACUUUUAUUCCACAAACGAAGUUCAAGUUUGUCCCGAUUGAUGAACUUGGUCCUUUCGUCAACCGAAGGGAGCUUGUUGAUGUUGUCGGCGUAGUUGUGACCGUGUCUCCUACAAUGAGCAUUAGAAGGAAAAGCGACAACGAGACUAUCCCAAAGCGCGACAUUACCAUUACUGAUGAGACGAAGAAAACUGUUGUGGUUUCCCUGUGGAACGACCUCGCCGCAGGCGUAGGCCAAGAACUGCUCGACAUUGCAGAUAAAUCCCCUGUGGUUGCGAUCAAAUCACUUAAAGUCGGUGACUUUCAAGGUGUGUCGUUAUCCACGAUUAGUAAAAGCGUUGUUGCCGUCAACCCGGACAUACAAGAGGCGAAGAAGUUAAGAGCUUGGUACGACUCCGAAGGUAAGAACAUUUCCUUGGACGCUGUUGGCUCCGGAUUAAGCCCUUCGACAAAUGGUGGAGCUCGAUCUAUGUACUCCGACAGAGUCAAUCUAGCUGAUAUCACCAGCAAUCCAUCUUUGGGAGAAGACAAGCCGGUGUUUUUCAACAUCAAGGCGUAUGUUAGCUACAUUAAAUCCGAUCAAGCGAUGUGGUACCGAGCCUGCAAGACCUGCAACAAGAAGGUGACUGAAGCUGUUGAUGCCGGCUAUUGGUGCGAAGGGUGCCAGAAGAACGAGCAAGAUUGCAACCUCAGGUACAUAAUGGUUGUUAAAGUCUCGGAUGCAACUGGCGAGGCGUACUUCUCUGUCUUCAACGAACAAGCCGAGAAGAUCAUCGGAUGCACAGCAGACGAGCUCAACGAGCUAAGAUCUCAGGACGGCGAGAGUUCUUACCAAAUGAAGCUGAAAGAAGCGAUGUGGAGAGCUCAGCUUUUGCGGGUAAGCGUUACGCCGCACGAAUACAAUAACGAGAAGAGGCAGAGGAUAACUGUUAGAAGUGUUGCAGCAGUAGAUUAUGCAGCUGAAUCUAAGUAUUUGCUCGAACAAAUUUCCAACAAAAUCAAGAUUGUGUCUCAUUAAAUAGGUAGAGUUUUUAAUCCAUCCUUGUUAUGCUUUUGAACCACAAUUUUUCCGUAUCUUUUGGUGAUCUCUCGGUAAUUUCUCUCAAAAGUUACAUUUGCGAUCCUACAUCAAAGCAUUGUGUUAUUACCGAAUGCACCUUUCGACAACGUUUGUAGAUAAUUUGUUCGAUUAUAUAUGUACCUUUCGCUACAUGGAAUGUUUUUACACUACAACGAUGUGUCAAUCGAUCAAGCGCGAUAUUA